AUGGCGUCGCUUCUCCGCCAAAUCGUAGCUGGUCCUCGAGCGAGGCACCCAGAGGCCGGCCUUGACCUUUGUUACGUCACAGCGAACAUCAUCGCAACAUCUGGCCCCAGUGGCACAUAUCCCCAACGCGCCUACCGCAACCCGCUCGACUCGCUCGUCAAAUUCCUCGACUCCAAACAUGGGGACGACUGGGCAAUAUGGGAGUUUCGCGCCGAAGGAACGGGAUAUCCCGACUCGGAGGUCUACGACCGCGUCUACCACUACCCGUUUCCUGACCACCAUCCCCCGCCGUUCGCGCUCAUACCCAAUAUCAUGGCAUCUAUGCGCAAUUGGCUCCACGAAAAGGAGGGUAGAGUUGUUGUGGUACACUGCAAAGCUGGGAAAGGAAGGAGCGGCACAGCCAGUUGCAGCUAUUUGAUCAGUGAGGAAGGUUGGACAGUAGAGAAGGCGCUGCAGAGGUUCACAGAGCGCAGAAUGAGGCCUAACAUGGGCAAGGGCGUCAGCAUCCCGAGCCAACUAAGAUGGAUCGGCUACGUGGAUCGAUGGGCGAAACACGGAAAGAUCUACGUCGAGCGGCAGAUCGAGAUUCUCGAAGUCCAUUGUUGGGGCCUAAGAGAUGGAGUCAAAAUACAGAUUGAAGGCUUUGUCGAGGAUGGAAAGCUCAUCAAAAGGUUUCAUACAUUCACGCGGGAGGAGCGGGAGAUCGUCAGAGGCGAGGUCAAGACGACGACAAUGGCCCAGGCCGUGCAGGAAGUCAUGUACAAGAACGGCCUGGGACUUCCUGCAAGCAAGGCAUCAAGCGCGAAAGACAAGACCGAAGCGAAGACAGAAAGUCAUCGGGAUGCUUUCGAUCGCGCCAACCAGGCCUCUCUCGACGGUGCGACGGCAAGCAAAGAGGAAGAAGUCACCGACGGUGACGUUGUGUUCCGCCCUAAGAAGCGUGUAGUGCUCCCCACCAACGACAUCAACCUCGACAUUGAGCGUCGCAACAAAGCCGCCUUUGAUGUGACCAUGGUGACUGCCGUCGCCCACGUGUGGUUCAAUACCUUCUUCGAAGGCAACGGUCCUGAGCAGAAUGGCAUCCCUGACGAUUCGGGCGUGUUUGAGAUUGGGUGGGAGGCUAUGGAUGGUAUCAAGGGAUCUUCUAGGAAAGGUACCCAAGCAUUCGAGAAAGUUGCCGUCGUGUGGAAAGCUCUCCCAUCGGAGGAAGGAAAACCGGGAAUCGUUAUUACCGAGCCGAAAGAGGGCGAAGAAGUGAAACAGUCUUCACCUGCAAACUGGAAAGGUCAGCUCCAUGUGACCCCGAGCGAAGGCAAGGAUAUCGGCAUGCGCAUCUCCAGCCCAACCGAUUCGAACACCGACGUUAGCAGGGCAAGCAGCGUCAAGAGCCAAACUACAGACUAUAUUCCUCACGUGCUCACAAAGCCUGGCCGGACAAGUGACGACAGCGACACCAAGGACGUGAGGUCGCAUGGCCCAAACGGGGAGGAUGUUGUUAGCGAAGAAAGUAGCGGGAGCGGAAGCGGCCCGGAAUCUGUUGCCCCCGCAGCGCCAAGCCACCUAGAUGGUACGUUGCACAAGUCGAAUGAAGCUGUCGACAAGCGGAUACAGUCUCCCGAGUCGCACACGAGUGGAGCAGAAGGUAUCGUUAGUGGGGUGCAGCACAUCUCCACGGAUGACCUCCCUGAUGGCCGACCAGAAGAGGAAAUGAAGAAUGCCAAAGAGCACAAUCUGUUCCAUUUGGGCAAGAAGAAAGCUACCAGCUCGUGA